AUGGGAUCUUCAAAGAAACACCAAGUGGAUAGAAGGAAAGAAGAAAGCAAAAUGUGGGUAAUUGCAGGAAUAGCCCUUCGGCCAAAACUGAAAUCAAUAGCCACAAAAAAGCCCAAUAGAGAAGAGUGUGAAGAUGAAGAAGAGUGUUCAACAACUCCAACGGCAAGAAAUUCAAGGAUACCGGAAAAACUUCCAUGCCCGCCGGCUCCGGUGAAACGCCGGCCGGUAUCAGUAUGUAAUUAUGAUGGUGCUAGGGAAUAUUUUAAUCCACCAGAUCUUGAGUCUAUAUUUAUUAUUCACCAUGUUCAGAGACCAACUUAUUAA